AUGCCCACCAACGUGCGCCCUCUCACGGGCAAGGGCAAACCGUACGAAGGCCCACAAUCACGAGUGCAGAUGGUAGGACGCGUGCUCACCUACUUUUCCGCUGCGUUUAUCGGCUUCUCGCUUCUGUGCUCCCUGGCACCUGCCCGGUCUUCCAGCCCGUAUUCUGCAAGUGGGCCGCGGCGAGGCUUCUACUCCACCCCUUCGGGACGAUGCGACCCCUUCAGCCUACCCGGGUGGGUCGACUGGUCAAUCGGCACCAACGACCUGCCCGCAUGGCGCACUUUCGACCCGGCCUGCUCCACCACCAACCUCCUCGGAAGCCUGCUGUCGACGCUCAAUAUCCAGCAGGAGGAUCCGAGCAAGAUCGCACCGCACGCUGUCCAUGCACUGCGCUCGGACAGCAGCACCGUCGACGAGCUCAGCGCGUUCUUCAAAAACAGAACGGUGCUCAUGAUCGGAGAUCACCAGGUGGACAAGUCGCUCGUCUCGCACUUCUGCGCGCUGACGGGUCACAAGAUACAAACCGUCGACAAGUCACACCCUUGGGGUAACAGUCUUAACACGGUGCCGCCCAAACACGGCUUUACGCCGAUCAAGAACAAUGCGCCGCUGGCGCACUACUGCUACUUGCCCGAGUACGAUUUCCUGCUGACCUCGGUGUACUCGUACGGUGCGGAUACGUUUGACUCGUGGCGCGGCGAGGAGCUGUACAACGCCCCGGGUCUGUUUGAGGACCGGGUGACGGACCUGUUCCAGCCGUAUUUGAAGGAUAUGGCGUCGGCCGCGCACACGUCGCCAGCACUGCCGCUGCCGCGACGACAGGCGGAUCCGGACCUGGUGCUGUUCAACUCCGGCCUGUGGGACCUGGCGCGGUGGGCGCGGUACGACAUCGACACGGGUGUCGGGCUGCUCGAGAACCUGUCCGAGGAGCGCAUCAUGUGGUGGCGCUCGCGCAUGGUCGACAUGCUCGGCUCGGUGCGCCGCGCUUGGCGCCACACGCGCAUCGUCUGGCGCAACACGGCCUACCCGCUCGCCUCGGAGGCCACCACGGUCGAGGCCUUCCUCGGCAUCGAGGGCGAGCGUCGCAAGAAUCACCCGCUCUACCACGCCAACCGUAUCGCCCAAAUCAACAGCGCCCACAAGUCGGCGCUCGACGUCCACGGCGACGACGUCGUCAAGGGCGAGCGUGCGCGCACCGCCCGCAUGCCGGAUGAGGUGGUGGGAUUGGAGUUCGCACAGGUGCUCAUGGGCCAGGACCAGCAUUCGCUCAAUCCCUUGGCCCCAAGUCAGCUGCCCUGUGGCGCGCUGUUUGCAGAGAUGGUGCUCUGGCAUCUGAGGGAUGCUGUGCAGCCCUAG